AUGCGGCAGGCUUUCCGAGAAACCAGCCGACCGGCAGUGCAGUCCUGGCUGGAAAGAAGGAUUGGGUUGGCCAGCUUCGACAGAUCGUACUACUACACUGUAGACACAAAGCAGAAGAUGUUCUACUCGGCGAUCACGGCUGACCUAGAGGCAGUUCGAUUGAGAGAGGCUGGCUUCGAUGAUGUGAGGAUACGAAUUUGCAACAUAAUCAACUUUUUCGAUAUCAAGACCAAGCCAAAGGCUGCUCGGAUCAAUGCUGCGGUCAUCCGCCUCCUUGAGCGCGGAGAUGUGUGGGGCGCGCAGUUGCUGCUCAGUCGCGGGGUGGCGCUGGCUUUCAAGAAGCCGCUUUCGUCCAUGCGGGUAGGCAGUAGCAUUUUCGACGCGUCUUCGGAGCACAAGCUCUAUGGACAGGCAAUACUUCGUCCAAAGUUUGCAGUUUUGCGGCAACGCCCAAAGUUGGCAACGGCAUUGAUCCCGAUAUGCAGUCAAGCAACACAAGAUCCAGGGUAUGUCUUGCGUGUACUGCGGCGUGGUCGAGUUCAGCUGAACAUAUUUCACCACAACGCAGCUAUCUCAUGCUGCCGGCUUUGGCAAUGGAAGCAGGCAGCUGACAUGUUUCUUUCCACAACACUCCACAUGGCCGACCCAAACACGGUUACCUACAACACAAUGCUGAGUGCCCUUGACGUUGCUGGCAAGUGGUCCCUGGCUGCUGCUGUUGCUUCCAGUGCAGCGAUUGCCCUCGAUGUUGUCAGCUCUAACACAGUUCUCUCUGCACUGUCUCGAAGAGCCUUAUGGGCAGCAGCUACUUGCUGGCUUUGCAGCAUGCGCAUCCGACGUGAACCCAAAGACAGCAUCUCUUUCAACUCCACAUUGACCGCCUGGGGACGGCGAGGACUCUGGACAAAGGCGCUAUCCUUGUUUGCAGAGCUCAGACGAACGCCCCUGCAAGCUCAUGCGGUUACUGAAGGAGGUCACGUCGCGAUGCUGCACGCGAUGGAGCAAAAGGGGCAGUGGCAAAGAGCAGCUCUUCGUUUGAACGCCGCCGCCGAAGACGGUGCUUGGUAUCGCUUGCGUUCCGUCAGCGCAACCGUCUCUGCGUGCGAGAAGGGGACUGCUUGGCAAUUUGCUGCAGCUGUGGUGGGUGACAUGACCGGCUCCAAGGGCAUCAGGCCAGAUGAAGUGUGCAUCAGCGCCAUGGUAAGUGCCUUGGAAAACUGCAGUCGAUGCCUGGCUGCACUUCGAGUAGCUCCGCCUAGGCAGCACCUUCUGUGGAGACUGACACGCCGAAAGUUGCUGCUGUGUACAGCAUUUGCAGGGUGGCAGGCUGCAUUGGCAGCGGUGUCACUGAUGCCCGUCGGUGGCUUGAGCACUGACAUGGUCAGCUGCAGCAGCGCAAUCAGCGCUUGUGAGAACGCAUGUCGCUGGACAGUGGCUGCGGCACUCCUGCGGUGCCUGGCAAGCUUGAGCUUGCUGCCAUCGCCCAUCACAUUCAACUCCAUCACGUUGACAUGUGCGCGGGUGGCUCUCUGGCAAGCUUCGCUACACUUACUACGGCUGCUGACUCCGCACAAUGCCGACCAGACAAGCUUCAACGCAGCUCUUGCUUCACUUGCCCCCAAUGGGAAGUGGCAGCAAGCGGCAGCACUAGUGACCGACAUGAUGUCACAAGGGGAGUUGCCGGAUGAGCUCAGCUGCGACUCUGCUUUUAGUGCAUGUGCAAGGGCAUCUCAGCCACUUGCCGCAGUCGCUUAUUUACGGACUGUGCAGCAUUUCGGGGAGAGCCUGUUGCUGAGGGGCGAAAAUGGCAUCAUGACUGUGGCUUCGACAGUUUGUGAUGUCACUCUUCCGCCUUUCUGCCCUCCGGAAGGUGGCGCGCUACUUCAUUUCAACCGAUUUGGCUCGCAGACGGCUGGUGCAGCUAAAGAUGCGGCAUGGUCGCAUCGAGCCUUCCUGACCUUAGCAGGUGUGGGACUGGGAUCUGCCUUUGCAGUGAACAAGGCCCCGACCAUCGCCUCCACUAGCUCUGACAAUGAUAUCCAAUGUGUUCGUCCCAUCGAGUGCUGCUUGGUGUUGCGUCGCAUGUUGGUUCUCGUGCCAGCUUCGUCUUCGUGCGAGCCACAUGGCUCACAGGGAGUUUUCCUCGACUUGCAAAAGCCUCCUUCUGCGACUGCCUGGUUUUCCGUUCGAUGCAUCACGGCGAUGGUCGAUACUUCCAAUGUGAGCAAAGCACACGAGGAACUGGCAGAAGUGCACGAAGUGGCAAAGUCACUGAAAUGCAUGACUUCUGUCUUGGACAAGCAAUUAGGACGUCUUGAAGCCAAAUGCGCGCAAAGUCUGAAAGGGAUUAUCGAAGACAUCAAUCGAUGUUUGCAGAGGUUGGAAGAGGAGGUCAAACAGGCCAUCUCCGAUCGUGAUCCGCAUUCUCCACCGGAUGCUAAAGGUGAGCAUCAGAUCUCUUUGCCGGGAGUAAGGCAUCGGAGCGCAGAUGCGGAUGAGGACCACAAGCGAUCCUUCGACGAUUCAGUGCAAAAAGAAAGGUCUUUGGAGGAUGAGCAGGUGAUGCUAUCAGAAGGCGAUACUCCGUCACCAAAGGCUGAUGAUGCGGGAGCGCUUGUACCUUUCAAAACGCCGCGAGAAGUCUGCCUUGUGGAUCCAAGCUGGACGAGCAAGCUGGUGUGGGAUAUUUACGUCAUGCUUGUUGUCCUGAUGGAUGCAAUGGUGCUGCCGUUCCAGCUGUCGUUCAAGAAUAGCUAUGACCCAGAUGGAUUUGAUGACUUUUGGUUUUGGCUCACAACGAUGACCUUCAGUGCGGAUAUCCUCGCAAGCUUUAACACGGCCAUCCCUCGUGGCGACGAUGUUGAUGUUGAUGACGCCAAGGAGACUCUCAUUGUCGAGCGCCGGAUUAUUGCCGUUACAUACCUCAGGGGGUGGUUUGUGCUUGAUUUCAUCAGCACAGUACCCUGGAGCCGGAUAGUCGACACCAUGGUGGGACCUGGUGGUGGGCCCAUGGUCACCGUGGCAAAACUUGCCAAAGUGUUGAAAUUUAUUCGCAUAAUCCGCUUGAUGAAGAUGCUUCGUGCGAAGAAGCUGAAAGAUAUUUGGGAACAGGUGGAGAAGCGAAUCGGUUCAGUUGCCAUCGUGCAAGGGAUGAUGCUCAUCCGCGUAUUGCUGGUAGUCGUUGGCAUUUGCCAUUGGAAUGCAUGCCUCUUCUGGAUUGUCGGGGCAAGAGAGAGCAUCGUCACGGACUUCAUGCCUACGACCUUGAAAGAUCAGUUCGAUCGAAUGCCACAUUGGACGACCAUCUCCAGGAGCGAUGCCCCAGAUCUGGACCCAUGGACUUAUGAAAGAAAGCCCAUGUUUGAGCAGUACAUCUUCUGCUUCUACUGGACUCUUGGGGUCAUGCGAACAAUGCCAGCCGAAGUGACUCCAGUGAACGCCGUCGAACGUGUCUUCGUCCUGUGCUUCAUGUUCUUUGCAUUAUCUGCUUUUGCCGUAUCCGUUGCCUCCCUGACGCAAGCCUACUUCAAAAUCAGUGAGCGCGGCCGGAGCUUUAAUGAUGAGAUGUUCGCUAUCCGCAUGCACCUCCACAAACUUCGUGUAGAGGAGACAUCACAGCGGAAGAUCAAGGAAUACCUCCACCACAAGUUCACCCGCCGGCGGAUCAUGGCCAAGGAGGCGAACUUACUCAAGGAGCUCCCGUCAGCUCUAAAGGAGGAGGUGGAGAAUGCAAAGGUGCUCCAGCAGGUGCACCAUCUUCCAUGUAUGCAAGGCUUGUCCAAAGACGCGCUCAAGCAAGUCUGCAAAAGUGCAGAGUUCCUUGACAUUUUGCCGGGCGAACAUCUCGUUUGCGCUGGAGAUGUCACACACUGCGCCUGGGUCGUUUGCUCCGGGACUGUCAAAGUUGAGGAUGUAAUGGGACAGAAGUGCGUUGUGGAUGGAGAUCCGCCGGUGAUUAAUGCAGAAUGCCUUCUCACACAGGAGCCUUUUCGAUCACCUACCACCGUCACAACCACGAGCACCUGUGAGCUAUACAAGCUGGAAAAGACGAAAUUCUUCGAAAUUGCAGCCCACCACUUGACGAAACAGCCGAAGAUGAAGCGUCAGCAGUCUGGCCCGACUGCUAUCAAUGUGGAAGAAGCGACAGAUCGGGUCACAACACCUCAUGCAUCUGCUGGCGCAGCUGCUGCAAUUUCAGCUGGCUGA